AGGUCGUCAGGAUGGGCCCUUGCGGCGGCGGCGGCGGCAACGACAGAAAGAUAGGCAUGGUGGGCGAGGUGACACGCAUUGUCCAGGUCGCCGUCCGCCACUGCCGCGCCGUUGACGCCGUUCGCGUAACGUACAUGCGGAAAGACCGGGAGGAGUCGAACGAGACCGAGCUCUGGGGAGGGAAAGGCGGCAUGACCACGGUGUUCCGUCUGCAGCGAGACGAAUACCUGACGAGCGUGGAAGGCCACUACAGCCACUUCAAUGGCAACGUCGUCAUCAGGUCGCUCAAGUUCGUCAGCAACCUUCGCACCCACGGGCCGUACGGGAACGCGUGCGGCGUGCGGUUCUCGCUCCCAGCGGGCGCCGGCGGCAGGAUCGUCGGCUUCCAUGCGCGGUGUGACGACCAGUACCUCCACGCCAUUGGCACCUACGUCAAGAUGGACGACCGUGCAUCGUGAUCGACCGCAAAUUCGUUUGUAUCGUGUAGCGACUGUUUUUGCUUUCAUUCAUCUAGCUAUUUCAUUUCGCUUGCUGCUUCUCAAGUCUCGACUCCGUCGAUGAUCGAUGCUCUAGCCCCAGGACUGUUUAGCUAGGAGGAAAAAUGUUAGGUUUAAUCUUGUUUCAUGUAUCUGCAUAUUUGUUUUGUCUUGCAUAUAGCUAGGUUUAGUACUUGCUGGCAAGUCGUACGUGCGUACCAAGAUGGCAAAGUCUCGGUAAAAAAGCGCAAUAAAGCGAGUAUGGUGCGUAGGCGUGAUGCUAUGAUGCCGUGUGAUACGGCAGCGUCGUGUGAAGUGACGCGUGCGUGCGCGACGAGACCGGCUGGGUGGAUCACUUGGAGCUGAGACA